AGAGAGCAGGCUGUUUUUUUGUAUCCUCGUUGUUUUUCUCUUUUGAGUGUUUUAUUGAGAGUAAACAGAGUCUUGUCUCUGUGUAUUUUAGUGUUGAUGAUGAGAUGGAUGUGAUGUGCUGUAAAUCAGUAGGAACUGAUCUGUCUAUGCUGGAUAUUGAUGAUUUUAUCACAGAAAUCUCUCGGCUGAAGAAAGAGGUGGCGUUACUGGAGAUAAAGCUGAGAUUAAGAGGAGAUGAAGGACUGAAUAGAGAGGAUGGGGUUUGUUGUGAAUCUUCAGGGUAUGUGACUGUUUGGAGCUCCAGUGAAUGUCUGGAUUCAGUGUGGAUGAGCAGAGAUCAGAGCCGCACACCACAGUCACUGCUGGAUAAACUCUCCGAAGAGACAUCCAGACACACACAGGACUCAGAUCUCAGUCUGUCUUUACUCUCUUAUACUGAGUCAAAGCUCACAGACACUCAGGACACUACAGUGUGUGACAGUAAACAGAGCUUACAGGAGGAUCAAACCUCCACAGAGUCUCUGGAUUCUGUCUGUAAUGCUGGAGAACAGCAGCAGAUCCUGCAGACCAAACUCAAGAUGUGUUCAGUUAAACCGAUGAACAGUGGGAACCUGAUGAUGAAGAUGAGUAGAGAAACUACAGCAGAUGAAGAUCACACUGAGGAAGAUGAUGACAAUCAUGAUAAUUUUAUUCCUUCAGAUAAGAUCAGUGAUUCGUGUUUGGAUGGAGAAAUAACGUCUUUAUCAUCAAAAGAGCGACAGACGGCACAAACUCUUUCCUGCAUCACCGAUGAAGAGACAUUGAGCUCACAGAGAAAUUUAGAUAAAAAUGCAGAACAAAAACUCUUGACCUCCACCAGAUCUGAGAUCAGCUUCACUACCUUACAAAAAUAUAAACGUCAUCAUUCAAAAGUGCACAGAGAGAAGAAGAAGCAGUUUCACUGUCAGCAGUGUGGGAAGGAUUUUGGCUACUUAUAUCAGCUAAAAGUUCACAUGAGGACACACAGUGGUGAAAAGCCUUUCUACUGCACUGAAUGUGGCAAAUAUUUCAGCACCAAAAAAAGUCUUGAUAUUCAUCAGAGAAUUCACACUGGAGAAAAACCUUACGUCUGCUCUCAAUGUGGAAAGAGCUUCUCUAAUUCAAGUAGUUUUAGAGUUCAUCGGAGAGUUCAUACAGGAGAGAAACCAUACGAGUGUCCUAACUGUGAGAAGAGAUUCAGCCAAAAACCUCAUCUACAGAAACAUGUGCGUAUACACACCAAUGAGAAAACGUAUCAGUGCAGUCAAUGUGGAAAAACCUUUAGGGAUUCAGGUUCAUUAAAAUCACAUCAGAAUAUUCACUCUGAGGAGAAACGCUAUCAGUGUUCACACUGUGAUAAAGGUUUCUGUCAGAAAUAUCUUCUGAUUAUCCAUGAGAGAGUUCACACUGGAGAAAAACCUUACGUCUGUCCUCACUGUGGAAAGAGCUUCUCUGAUUCAAGUCAUGUUAAAGUUCAUCAGAGAAUUCAUACAGGAGAAAAACCAUACAAGUGUCCUCACUGUGAAAAGAGCUUCUCUGAUUCAAGUACUUUUAAAGUUCAUCAGAGAAUUCACACAGGAGAGAAACCAUACAAGUGUCCUCACUGUGAAAAGAGAUUCAGACAAAACUAUCAUCUGAAGUCACAUAUGCUUAUACACACCAAUGAAAGACCGUAUCAGUGCAGUAAAUGUGACAAAACCUUUAAGGAUUCACGUUCACUAAAAAAACAUCAGAAUACUGAACGCUAUCAGUGUUCACACUGUGAUAAAUGUUUCUGUCAUAAAUCUAAUCUGAUAGCCCAUGAGAGAGUUCACACUGGAGAUAAACCUUACGUCUGCUCUCACUGUGGAAAGGGUUUCUCUGAUUCAAGUACUUUUAAAGUUCAUCAGAGAGUUCAUACUGGAGAGAAACCAUACGAGUGUCCUCACUGUGAGAAGAAAUUCAGCCAAAAACCUAAUUUACAGACACAUAUGCGUAUACACACCAAUGAGAAACCGUAUCAGUGCAGUCAAUGUGGAAAAACUUUUAGGGAUUCAAGUUCAUUAAAAUCACACCAGAAUAUUCACUCUGAGGAGAAACGCUAUCAGUGUUCACACUGUGAUAAAGGUUUCGGUCUGAAAUCUACUCUGAUAGCCCAUGAGAGAAUUCACACUGGAGAAAAACCUUACAUCUGCUCUCAAUGUGGAAAGAGCUUCACUACUCAAAGUAAUUUUAAAGUUCAUCAGAGAAUUCAUACAGGAGAGAAACCUCAUCACUGUACUGUUUGUGGGAAGAGUUUCAGCAAAAAAUUUAAUCUAAAGAAACAUGUGCGUAUACACACCAAUGAGAAACCAUAUCAGGUUUUAGUGAGAGAUCAUAGAACUCAUACAGGUGAAAAACCGUUACAAAUGUUCUCAGUGUGAGAUGCCAGAUUCCUUAAAAGCCCAUUUAAGAGUUCAUACGUGAGAGAAACCUUACGGGCCCUAUCAUACAUCCAGCUCAAUGUGCGACACAAGUGUCUUUCGCUAGUUUCAACCUGGCGAAAUUAUAAUUUUCACGUUUAGCUAGCACCAAGUUGUUUAAAUAGCAAAUGCAUCUGCGCCCAAUUUUGCACCCAUGAGCGUUCUGGUCUGAAAACGAGGUGUUUUCAGGUGCAUUCUUGGUGCGUUGCUAUUGUGAGGCAACUAAAAUAGACUACACCAUUGACCAACUAAAACCUGGUUUAAAGUCAAUGACGCAAUAUUGUUUUUGUUAUAUAAUGAGCUUGUUAGUAAUACGACGACAGUGAGCGUUUGCUUAUCACACACAUGGAUGCGCAGCAGAACACAACCCUUUUAUAAUAUGAAAAAUUAAAGGAUUAAAAUGUAAAGAUUAUUAAUGAGUCUCUUGGACUUAAAUGAUGAUUGAUUAUGAGACGUUAGAAGAUGUAAAGAGCUGCUUGACCUGUAGCUUGGUAAGAAAUUGUUUUGCUUUAAACAAAUGCUUCUGUUUUUAAAUGCUACCUUACAAAUUAAUUGUAUAUGAUGACUUUGUAUGUACCUGGGGAUAUGGUGAGAUGAGAAACAUUUUUAAGUAAUGCUUUAAAAAAAGCAUGGCGCUGUCUGAGUGCUGAAACUGUUCUCUGCAUGUUUGUACAUUCUUUAUCUUCUGUUUGUUACAAAUAAAGUAUUUUUAGAGCACAAA